AUGAAUCAUUGGGGCACUGAUCAGACUGGAUUGGGGCGUCUCCAAGCCUCGACCUGGACUACAUCCAGAACACUUGGGUGCCCCGAGGGACCGAAACUGCACAGCUCCUAUACGGAGCUCCAGGAUGGUAUCUGUAACGACUACUUCUAUCGUAUCCACAACGAAGAACCUGAGAAGAUCCUUGAGAAGGUCACAGUUGUGACACCGACAUAUGUUGAGCCUGUUGUCAAGCACCAGCUGCCAGAACGGACCCAGCUUCAAGAAAUCAUGUGCGACCUCUCUAAGGGCCUCAAUCCACACGACAUUGUCAUGCGACAGAUUCAUGCCAUCGAUACAAUGGUCGCACUAUCUCGUCGCCAAGAAGUUCAGUGUCAUAAGUCGUGGCUGAGCAAAUCGUCCUUGGGGUCUUCUCUUGGAGGGUCCCCCAAGGUGAAGGAAGAAUCGCCUGUUCCCAAAACUUUUCCUGUGAAGUGCAAGGAAACUCAAAGUAAAUAG